AUGAGUACUUUCUUCGAUGAAAUGAAAACUUCUUUUGAAGAAGUCCCCGUUGACGCUUCCAGCAAGAUUCCUACGUCGCAGUUUUUGGAGGCUUCAGAAUCGUUGGUCAAACUAUUCGAUCUGUUGGGCAAUUCGGCGUUCACUGUGGUCCAAAAGGAUUUGACGGGCAACAUCACCAAGAUUCGCAAGAGAUACAACGCGGCACCAGCCGAAUCGGCCACUUUGCAAGAUUUGGUAGUUAGUGAGCGAGGCUCGGGCCAUAAGAGCGCAUCCGAAGGCCUACUGUGGUUGAACAGAGGCUUGCAGUUUACCGCGCAGGCGCUACGUGAAACUGUGGAUCAUCCAGAACUGGAAUUGACCAAGACCUUCACCGAUGCUUACAACAAGACUUUGACCAAAUACCACGGUAUGCUUGUAAGACCUGUUUUCAAGCUGGCCAUGAAAGCUUGCCCAUACAGAAAGGACUUUUUCGCUAAGUUGGGCGCGGAUCAGGAGAAAGUUAAUGCUCAAUUGCAGGUUUGGCUCGAAGCUUUGGAAAAAAUCGUUGAGAUUCUACUAGGUUUCAUGGCCGUUGCUUGCAAGGAUUUGUAG